AUGAACCUCCCCACCCUAAUAGCCCUCCUAACAACCCUCACCCUCCACCUCACGACGACCACCACCGCAACACCCCUGUCAACCCGCAAUGUCCCCGGAAUCCUCAAAGAAUUCGCCCUAACCGGCGGAAACCUCAUCCUCCUUGACAAAGCGGUGAAACUCUACGAACCCAAAAAAGAAGACCAAGGCCUCGAACGCAAACAAACCAACGUCGAAGUAUCCCUGAUCAAAUCCAUGAAUGCUGUUCACGCCACACCACCGUUUAAGAAACAGGAGAGUUCUCUCGUGUCUAAUGUAGCUUGUAUUUUAUUUUCUUUCUGGAUUUAUAUUGGGUUUUUGGGAUGUCGGAGCUGA